GAGUGUUUGUAAAACCUCUUCGAAUAUCCUGAUUUUCAGAUCUUCGGAUUAAUUUACAUUACCCUAAUGCUGCAACAGCAUCAACAUCACCUCCAGUCCGCGGCACCGCCUCCGUCUUCGUCGGCGACAACGUCAACACCUCCCUCGUCAACCAUCGGGGAGGCGCCGCCGAAGCAGGUGGCUCAAGCGAUGGAUAGACUCGGACAGGCCGCGAGACUCAUCGCCGAUAUCCGUCUUGGCGCUGAUCGACUUCUCGAGGCCCUUUUUGUCGCUGCGCAGCCGCAUCAAAGCUCCAAACCUCUCCACUUAUUCCGCCAAGAAGACGAAUCCAUGCGCCAACACUUCCAAGACCUCCGCACCGUUGGAAAGCAGCUGGAAGAAUCUGGAGUGUUGAAUGAGUCACUUAGGUCAAGGAGUAAUUCUUGGGGUUUGCAUAUGCCAUUAGUGUGUCCUGACGGCGCAGUUGUGGCUUAUGCUUGGAAACGACAGCUUGCUGGCCAGGCUGGUGCAUCUGCUGUUGACCGGACUAGGCUUGCUCUCAAAGCCUUCACAGACCAGAAAAGGAGAUUUUUUCCACACCUUAAUGAUGAAGAGGAUGUUGAGGGCACUGACCAUGUGUCAAAGAAACACCGCAAUUUCCCAGCUCAGGCAGAAGAUAAUCAUGAAAACCUUAGUAAUUGUAAAACAUUAUCUGAUGUUUUGACUAACUUGGAGAAAGACAUGCCAAAUCUGAAAGUUUUGACUUAUGAAAGACUGGAUUGGCUGAAAAGAGCUUCGUCCUUGCCUGCUUCAGCGAAUGAUAAUGCCAUGGAAGCACCAAAACAUAAUUUUCACAGCUCAAGUAUACUUAGACCAGCAUCCCAUAAUUUUGUUGCUAUGGAUAAGAUUGCUGUAAUUGAGCUGCUCUUUCCCUCUGUCUUCAGAGCUGUAGUCUCAUUGCAUCCAGCUGGUUCAACAGAUCCAGAUUCAGUGGCUUUCUUUUCUCCAGAUGAGGGCGGCAGUUACAUGCAUUCUAGAGGUUCUUCGGUCUACCAUGUAUUUAGACAGAUCACGGAGCAUGCUACUGUUGCCCUCCAGUAUUUCCAUGGAAUCAGAAGUAAAACAGCAUUGCAUUCUCUUUUGCACUGGAUAUGCAGCUAUCAAACUUUAUUCACCAAAGUCUGCAACAAAUGUGGACGGCUACUGGCAAUGGACAGGCAAUCAGCGUUGAUCUUGCCUCCUGUCCAUCGUCCUUAUCGAACUUUUUCUGCAUCGAAAGUUUCGUCUACUCAAGACCAAAGUUCUAAUGCCCCUGAGGCUUAUCAUAUCAGUUGCUUCUCAGAUGACGUGUAAGUUCAUUCUAAUUUCUGUUAACUAAGGUAUAUUAGCUAUGCUAGGAAAUAGAAAGAUGGAAAUUGUGACACUAGUGAUGAUGAAACACGGUUGCUGAAUUUACAUCCUGUAGGGAAUGAAAUGAAAGUUUUAGUUGAUGGUGUAAGAAAAUGUGUUUCUCAUCUCCAAA